CACGAAUCCACCGAAGGUACUGCACACCUGAAGCAAGCAUGGCAGCGGUGAGCAGCAAGUCAUUCGAAGUGAACCUCCAGGGAGAAGUGUCCAAGAAUGAGUACUCUGCGUUCGAGGAGCGCAUCCGAGGCUUGUGUGGGAACGACACUGAGAAGGAGAAGUUUGAGUACAACGAGUAUGUGUACAACAUCGACGCGCAGAGCCCCCAAGGAGUCCCAAACGAAGUGCGUGCUCGGAACGUCAUCUACGGCUCCUGCACAUUUUCCGGCGCGGCGGUCGAGAUGCCGUCGUCCGGAGGCGGUCAAAAGUGGGAACUUCGACAUGUGGGGAAAUGGGAGCGCAAGAAGCCGUCGGAGCAGACCCCGCAACACACCCGAGGCCACUUUGCCGUGCCGUAUCGCAGUCAGACCGCCAUGUCGGCCAGCGACAACGUCGGCGUCUUCUUGACGACCCUCGGAUUUCGGCAAACAUUCCAGUACAAGCGAUCAGGAACUCGGUGGGUCUUCCCGAAUGGAAUCACGGUCGAAGCGACUCGCAUGAAGGAGCUGGACAAGGUGGAGAGCAAGGACGAGUUGCCGCUGGACAGCGUGCCGUUCGAUGCGUAUCUGGUCGAGGUGUACUCGGUCACGACGGACGACAAGAUCGACGACGUAUCCCAUCAGAUCAACCGAUUCGCCAUCGACUUGGAACCGUACUUGGUGGCGCGUCCGUCGGAAGGCAAGGACUUUCAGAUUCACAAGGAAACGCUCUUGGCCGAGAGCAAAAAGAAGAAGCAAAAGCUCAGAUAAGAGAGACUAGAUGGCAUGUUCGUUGGGCGGCGGUGGACAUGACGAAGGCGGGCGGGCGGCCAUCUAAUAAUGCACAAAUUGAAACUGUACUAGGAUCCACAGGAGACGGGGUUGGGUACAGAACCAAGAAGAAUAUGAUUCGUGUCCAUAUCC